AUGAUAACCAAAUUCUACCAGCACAUCCUUGUCUUGGCAUUUGCUGAGAAAGAAAUCAAUGAGAACCCAAACAUCUUGCCCAAUGUCACACUUGGCUUCCACAUCUAUGAUAGCUAUUAUGAUGCAAGGAUGACCUAUCGGACCACGCUGGACCUGCUCUUCAAAUCAAACAGCUUUGUCCCCAACUACAAAUGUGACACCCAGAAAAACCUCCUAGCUACUAUUGGGGGACUUGGCUCUGACACUUCCUUCCACAUGGCAGAUGCGUUGAGAAUCUACAAGAUCCCACAGCUCCACCAUUUUAUCCAUGCCAUUUCCUUUAACAACUCAGUUGGAGAAACAGUGUCCUUUACUGAUAACAGAGAAAUGCAAGGUGGAUUUGACAUUAUGAACAUGAUCACAUUCCCAAAUAAAUCUUUCAUCCGUUUGAAAAUAGGAUGGGUGAAUCCUAAUGCUCUUGAUGGAAAAGAAUUCAACCUUCAUGAGGACAUAAUUGUGUGGCACAAUGGUUUUAACCAGAUGAUGCCCGUCUCUAUAUGCAGUGAAUCCUGCCACCCUGGUAAUCAGAAGAAAAUGAUGGAAGGACAGAAAUUUUGCUGCUACGAUUGUACUCCAUGUCUAGAGGGGAAGAUUUCAAACCAGAAUGACAUGGAUGACUGCUUCACGUGCCCAGAAGAUCAGUAUGCAAACAAGAAGAAAGAUGGAUGCAUCCCUAAAACUAUCAGCUUUCUUUCUUAUGAUGAACCUUUAGGGCUUAGCCUGGCCUCACUUGCUCUUUCUUUUUCCCUGAUCACAACUUUGGUGCUUGCAACGUUUAUUCAGCACAAAGACACUCCUAUUGUCAAAGCCAACAACAGGGAUCUCACCUAUGCUCUCCUCAUUGCCCUUCUGCUAUGUUUCCUCUCAUCUUUUCUAUUCAUUGGACACCCUGGCAAAGUGACCUGCCUUCUUCGACAACCCACUUUUGGCAUCGUCUUCUCUGUGGCAGUUUCCUGUGUGUUGGCCAAAACCAUCACCGUAGUUGUAGCUUUCAUGGCCACCAAGCCUGGGUCCAGUAUGAGGAAGUGGGUGGGAAAAAGACUGAGCAACUCCAUUGUCCUUUCCGGCUCACUCAUUCAAACAAGCAUUUGUGCUGUGUGGUUGAAGAGGUUUCCCCCAUUCCCUGCUCUAGACAUGCACUCAGUAACAGAGGAAACCAUUGUGCAAUGUAAUGAAGGCUCAGUGACCAUGUUUUACUGUGUCCUGGGCUACAUGGGCCUCCUGGCCAUUGCCAGCUUCAUUGUGGCAUUUGCAGCUCGCAAAUUACCAGACAGUUUCAAUGAAGCCAAGUUCAUUACUUUCAGCAUGUUAAUGUUCUGCAGUGUUUGGCUGUCUUUUUUCCCAACCUAUCUGAGCACCAAAGGGAAAUCCAUGGUGUUGGUGGAGAUCUUCUCCAUCUUGUCCUCCAGUGCUGGGUUACUGGGCUGCAUCUUUGCCCCUAAAUGCUACAUCAUUGUGCUGAAACCUGAGCUUAACAGAAAGGAGCAACUAAUAAGGAGAAUGAAGUGA